AUUGGCGCUACACGGGUCUGGGAGGCCGAGGCUUUGCGGCUGUUGUCUGUGUCUCAGACUGUGUUGGAUUGUAGAAAGAGAAAGCAGGAAAUUUAAAAGAGGUGUUGAAAAAAGAUGGGGGACGAAGUUUGGAAUGUUUGUAGAUGCUUGCUAGCAUACGGGAACUGGGGUUUUGCGGUAGAUAAAGGAUGACUGAACCGGUGUUUGAGUCAGUGUUAGAGUAGCGGCCGUUAACGUGUGUUGAAUAGUACAUUGAGUGAAUACACGACAAUAUUGGCGACGAGGAUGGCGACUUCAGGCAUUCACCCGCCUCCUCCUUUCCUUCCACACCCGGGGGAACCGGCGGUGCCAUGGAAGCAUUGGUUGUCCGCUUUUGACACCUACGUGGCAGCCGCGGCAAUCAAAGACGAAGCAGACAACAAGCCUCGACUACGCGCCCUUUUGACUCAUUGCUUAGGACUGGAAGGGCAGCGGAUACUUUCGACGGAGACAGAGACGGAAUCAUACGUUCAGUUACGUGAUGUGUGUGCGACGUUGUUCGGACCGAGACUCAAUUCUAUGGUCGAGAGAUUCAAAUUCCGACAAAGAAAGCAACAUCAAGGAGAGUCCGUGAAGCAAUAUGUGUUUGCUCUGAGACAGCUAGCAGCCACUUGCAAGUUUGGACCGUUGCAUGACGAAAUGAUUAGGGAUCAACUUAUAGAAAAGACGGUUUGUGGUAAAGUGAGAGACCGCUUGUUGGAAGAAGAUGAAGAUCUUACUCUAGACAAAGCAAUUGUACUGGCAUCACGGAUGGAAGAGGCGGCUAGGGAUUCAGCAACUAUUGCGACAGUGUCAGGUAGCGUAAUGGAUGCAGUGCCAGGAGGUUUAACUAAUACAGCUUUGGGUCAAUUGGCACAGGAGUCACGUGGGAUUCGUCAAGUACAGACACGGCCAGGUAAAAGCGGCUGGAGUAGCAGAGGAGACGGCAAAUGUGGUAACUGUGGGUUCUCGGUUCACAAGGGUUCAACAUGCCCAGCAUCAACACAGACCUGUAGAAAAUGUGGGAGAAUAGGACACUACGCACGUUGCUGUAGGUCAAAGAAACAGUCACAGAUCCAGGAAGUUGAUUGUGGCAAUGAGCAAGGGGUAGAGUUGGAGACCGUUCGAAUCAAUGUUGUGGGUGGUCAGUCCAGUACACUCGAGUAUCGCCAAUGCGUUUGCGAGUUAGCUGGUGUCAGUUUGUCACUUGUUAUUGACUUGGGGGCGAAGGUUUCAGUGCUGUCAAAAAGGUCAUAUGAUCGAUGGUUUUCUUGGAGUAAGCUGGAACCAGCAAAUCGAAAGCUAGUUGGUUAUGCAGGAUCGCCAAUAAAGGUGUUGGGCCGAAAGCUUCGGCAGCCCUUAUCCCAGAUGAUUCCUAGGCAAGAUAAGAAGGGAUCACUUCAGCUGAAGAAUGCGGACGAGGUCGUGGCAAGGAAACAGGCAGCGAUGAAGGCAUAUGUAGAUCAUAAAAGGAGAGCUAGAGCUUCGUCCUUUUCUCCCGGAAGUUGGGUAAGAGUAAAGCGUCCGCUAAGAGGCCAUAAGUUGAAGUCGCAAUUGUCCGAUCCAGUAGAAGUCUGGUCAAGGGUAGGGAAGGACACUUACCUGCUACAAGAUGGACGUCUGUGGCAUGCUGACCAAUUAAUUGCUGUGGCGAAGCCAGCUGGUGUUGCAAAUACAGCUGCAGUACUCAGCUGGACUGAUGGGGAAGAGGUGUUGAAUAGUACAUUGAGUGAAUACACGACACCUACUAGGCAGUUGUGCUACCUAGAUACAUGCACUUGCAUGACAAGAGCCGUAGCUCGCGAUUGUAGCUGCACAUGUCAAUGCCUAGUUGUGAAGGCUCCUACUUACUAAAAAUUAAUUGUUUGCAUGAAGUCAAAUUUUCAAGGUGCUGCAGCUAGUCUAGUAGAGUAUAUGAUCAUAAAGUCUACAGCAUGUGGACAGUGGUGAAGGUUUUAUAAAUAUAGGUUAAUUAAUUAAGGAAUAUUCACGCACGCAGACAUGCACAUUGACACCUCUAAUCUACCAGCAGAACAGCUAGGCAGCUGCAGGCAUAUACAAGCUAGUAAAUAAGAAGCUUAGUUAGUUAAUAAUUGUAUAUACGGGAUAUUUUAAUUUUUCAGCCUUCCAAAUGUUGUGAAUUUUAGGCUAUAUAAGCCGGUUUAGGAAGUAAAAUGCA